AUGACGAAAAGGCCGGAGCAAAGCAAUAACGUCAAGCCUAUCUUCCUGCCAGUCGUGAAGCUCGAAGUCCAGAGUGUGGGGAUCGGAAUAGUGAGAAUCAGCAGGUCUGUGGACACAUUGAGUACCGUCGAGAUCCAGACAUCGUGCAUCCGCAUCGAGCACUGCGCCGGUGGAGGAGGGCUGACCUGCCAGUUUUGCGCCAAUGGCAAGCAGCCGAGACAGACGGUUAAGAAAGCACGCGAUGUCGCCGUCCUGGCCUUUGAGUUCGCAGGUUUAACGUGGUUAUCAUAUGCAUCAGCAUCGCGGUGCCGGGGAAGUGCCGUGGAUGUUGAGGCGUACGCGCCUCCGCGACAGCGCGGGUCUCUCAAGAAGCUGUUAAGCUGUUGA